AUGAAGGAGGCCUUUGCCGCCCAUGACAGCUCGUUCCGGGAACGCGACGAUGACGGGCUUGCCAAGUUGCAAAGGAUCUUCGAAGGCGCAAAGAAGAAGUACCUAGAAAAAUCCACUGCAUAUGAUAAAAUCGGAUCCUUGAAGGCGCAACUACAAAGCGACUCAGAAAAGCCAAAAUUGGAGCAAAGUACACCCAAAGAUAAAAUUAGAAAUCUUGGGUUAGAAAAAGAAAAAGCGAACGAUACGCGCAAAGCGGAGAUCGACGGAGAAAUAACUACCAAAAAGGCUAUUAGGUUGGCCAUAUUGGAAGGGGUGGUAGGAGGGGAUCUCGAGAAGAAGCUCGGCAAUGUUUCUGUGCCAGCUCGAGGCCUGCCAUCAGCCAUCAUCGACAUUGAUAAGGAUCGUAACAUUAUCCACGCCGACGAGUCAGAGAUAAAAGCUCUUCCAGGUUCAGACCUGGGCAAGGACGAAGGUGUUGAUGUCUGGAGCAAGACUCAAUAUCACAAUCUAACUCUUAUAGUCGCAAUAAUGGGCCUCUCCCUGGAAUUAUUCCCAUCCCCAUUCCAAGCAGUAUCUCUGGUGGCGGUGGUUCAGGUGGUGGCUCCUACAGGGACUUUGAUAUGUCCUGACCUAGGGAUUCCCGUAUAUGAAGUGAGGCAGCUGUUAAUUACUGUCGUCUUAUAUUUUGACGAAGUAAAAGUGGUUGUAGUUGUCUACCUUGCCAGACCGCGUCGGCUCAGGGAUUAA